CUUUUCUAAUUUCAGACUACAGAUAUGCAGUUUCUAUCGAGUAAUAUCAAAGUGGAUUUGACUCACAAUAAAAUAAAGCACAUCUUCCUACGCGAUGCCGAAUUCACAGUAAUUGAUACACAGGCUUCUCAAGACGCGAUAAUAUUAGUAGAUGAUAAUCCGUUAGAAUGCGAUUGUCGAUUGUACGACUUUCUGCGUUAUAUCGAGGGCAGAAUGCAUCCUAAAGUCCAAAAUUAUUUCCACAUAAUACCAGGAAAUUUAACUUGCCAAAGCCCGGACGAGUUGAAGAAUGUGCGCGUUACGGACUUGAAUUCUAAAACAUUCACGUGUGUGCUAAAGGAACCCAAAGUGUGUCCCGAAAAGUGCGACUGUUUUUUAAGACCCGAGGACAGAGCGUUCAUAUUCGACUGCUCUCACAAAAACUUGACUAGUGUGCCAAGCGAUAUAAAAAUCAUAGGAUUUUUCAACAACAUCCCCGGAUUACAGUUGCUCGAAUUGAGCGAUAAUGCUCUGCAAUCGAUAGAACCAGGUACAUUCGACAAUCUGAUAAAUCUGUUGUUUCUCAAUUUAUCGGAAAAUCAUUUAACCGAGCCUCGGUCGGGAAUUUUCGACGAGCUCGUCGCUCUCAAGAGCCUCGAUCUCAAUACGAAUUACAUGGUCAAGUUACCGGAAGACAUCUUCGCAAAGCUCAAAAACCUCAGGGAUCUCAAAUUAUUUCGAAACAAUUUCACAAAUUUACCGAGGAAUCUGUUACGAAAUAACAUGAAACUACGCAUUUUUACUCUGUUUGAGAACAAGCGAAAUAUGACUACCUUGCCAGAUGCAUUUUUCGCUAAUUUAACGAAACUGGAGAUGUUGAAAUUGAAAAGGAACGGAUUUGUCACGCUACCGGAAGAUCUCUUCUGGGGAUGUACUUCGUUAAUUAAUAUCAAUUUGGAACGAAACUAUCUUCGAACCUUACCUAGAUAUAUAUUCCGGGAUUUGAAGGGACUCAAAAUUUUGGAAUUGAAUUUUAACGAUCUUCAAAGUUUGCCCGAUUAUAUCUUCUUGAAUACGGAGCAUUUAGUAAAAUUAGAUUUAUCAAAAAAUCGAAUUACCUCCAUUUCCAAGUACGUUUAAAUGACUGUUAUUAUACGAACGAUAACAAUUGCUUGUGU